ACAUCUCACGACGAAGGUACAUUUAAACCGAAGUGUGUGGUGGAGAGACACGUACAGGCGAGGAGAAGGAAUCACGCACGAAUAUUUGGCACGACGAAAACAACACCUGAUACUCACUGAUCAGGGAUCAAUCGAAGCGAAGCUCUUUGGAAACAUUUUGGAGAUGUCGAACGUGCAGUUAUCGAGCAGUGCGCUGGAGAGGCUGGUGGCCCGGAGGACCUUCCCUCUCCACCGGCGCACCAGCGUCUGCCGCAACCUCUUCGGACCGGUGGAUCACGACGAGCUGAGCCGGGAGAUGAAAGCCAAACUCCGGGAGAUUUCCGAGCGGGACCAGCAGAGGUGGAACUUUAAUUUCGAAACCAACACCCCGCUGGAUGGGGAUUACGCAUGGGAAGAAGUGUCCGUGGAUAAGACCCCGGUGUUUUACCAGGACUCUGUACAGCAAGAGAGGACCAGGGUACCGGCGACGCCCGUCAAGCAGGCACCCACCCCAUCGGACUGUGCUCCCACGGAGCCCCCGCGUAUGGAUGUAAUGGAGCGCCUGGCCCUGCCCGAGAGCAGCAGCCCUCCCUGUCCGACGGAGAUCAACCAGGAGAACCGCACGGAUAAACUGAACUCAGGGAAGACUCACCGCAGACUGGUCCCGUGUGUGAGGCGCAAGAGGACGGCAUCUGCUGACAACAACACACACAUCACAGAUUUUUUCGUGAAACGAAAGAAGACUGCUGAAAGAAAAUCGAUUGACAUGGGCGCCUGCCACCUCUCCAAGUCUCCAAUCCCAGUGGAACAAACUCCACGAAAAAGGAUUCGUUGAAGGUGUUUUUUUUUUGUUGCACUACUUGCCUGCGCAAUUUUGAGCAUCAAGAGAGGGAGAGAGGAUGUUUCUUCUCGCUACUUACACGCCGGAGAUGGGGAGGAGGAAUCGGAAGCCCCAUGGACCGACCGGCCGCUCCGGCUCUGUGCGCCCCGGCGGAGCGCAGCCUGGACUCGGGAGCAGACUCUCAGGACAGAACGGUUUGGGGGGGAACGGGCGAAAAAGAGAGAAAAAAAAAAGCCUUCGCCGAAUGACUUCUAUCCAGUACAAAUGUAGCAUUGUUGCUUUUGCAUACAGCCACUCGACAGUGUUAAAUGUUUUAACAUCUGUGCAAUCCUAAAUGACUUUUAAAGAAUUGUCUACACUGGCCAAAAGUGUACAGUUUUAUAGAAACAGUAGCUUCUAAAUGUUUAUUUCUGUUCUGGUUUUCCUGUAAAUGUAUAUUUUAAGACUAUUUUAACUUAUAAUUUAUUUAUGUUUCUUUAUAUUUGUUAAAUGCCCUGUUGUUGUAGCCAAAGGGCAUAUUUCUAUUUUAUUUUAUUUUAUUGUUCUCAUUUUUUUAAAAUAUUUUGUGAUGUUUCUGCAAUCAUGUAGCUUCUUCAUAGUUGUCCACACUUGAAAAAUAGGUUUCUUUGUGUUUUCUGAGCCGUUUUUGUGUGUGUGUUUUUCAUACAAGUGCCCUAAUUAUGUCUCACUAAAGAUGAGAAUAAAUAUUUCACUUCAACUUUA